AUGGAGGAGCAGCGGGCACUUGCGGCCGCCAAGGACGGGGACCUGGCCACCCUGCAGCGGCUGCUGGAGGCUGGCGCCCUGGGCCCGGGCAUCACUGACGCCCUGGGGGCCGGCCUGGUGCACCACGCCACCCGGGCUGGCCACCUGGCCUGUGUCAAGUUCCUGGUGCAGCGUGCCAAGCUGCCUGGCAACCAGCGGGCCCACAACGGGGCCACACCGGUGCACGACGCCGCUGCCACGGGCAGCCUGGCCGAGCUGUGCUGGCUGGUGCGAGAGGGCGGCUGCGGUCUGCAGGACCAGGACACCUCGGGCGUCUCCCCGCUGCACCUGGCCGCCCGCUUCAGACACCCGGUGCUGGUGGAGUGGCUGCUCCGAGAGGGCCACGCAGCCACGCUGGAGACGCUGGAGGGGGCCUUGCCACUGCACCACGCCGCCGUCAGCGGGGACCUGACCUGCCUGAAGCUCCUGACGGCCGCCUACAGCAGCGGCGUGAACCGGAGGACCCACAGCGGUGCCUUCCCUCUCUACCUGGCCUGCCAGGAGGGCCACCUGCACCUGGCCCAGUUCCUGGUGAAGGACUGUGGCGCCGACGUGCACCUGCGAGCCCUCGACGGCAUGAGCGCUCUGCACGCCGCCGCUGACCGCGGCCACUACUCGCUUGUCGUCUGGCUGGUCACCUUCACGGACAUCGGCCUGACAGCGCGGGAUAACGAGGGGGCCACAGCCCUCCACUUUGCAGCUCGAGGUGGCCACACGCCCAUUCUAGACCGGCUCCUGCUGAUGGGUGCUCCCAUCAUGAGAGACUCCUGGGGUGGGACCCCCCUCCAUGAUGCAGCGGAAAAUGGGCAAAUGGAGUGCUGCCAGACCCUGGUCUCCCACCACGUGGACCCCUCCCUGCGGGAUGAAGACGGUUACACGGCGGCAGACCUGGCAGAGUACCACGGACACCAGGACUGCGCCCAGUACCUGCGGGAGACGGCCCGGCCGGUGCCGCUCCUGAUGACGCCCCCGCCACCACCAUUCCCCCCUCCUCCACUGUCGGCCGCGAGGCACUCCCUGGAGGAUGGAAGAAGAGGGGGCUCAGGUCUCAGGAGCCCCACCUCAGCGCCCCUCAGUCCGGCCUGGCCAGACCAGCUUCUUCCGAGGGAGCAGACGACCUGCGCAGCCCCCCCGAGGGUCGCCGCCAGUGCCACGGCCAUCCCCACGGGGGCGGAGCCGGCGGCGGGGGAUGCCCCGGACAGCCUGGCCGCGCUGCAGCUGGAUGGGCUGCCCUCCGGCGACCUCGACGGGCUGGUACCCACGCGGGACGAGCGCGGCCGGCCCAUCCCUGAGUGGAAGCGGCAGGUGAUGGUACGCAAGCUGCAGGCGCGUCUGGGCGCAGACCCGGAGCCAGAGGCCCAGGACGACAGCAUGAGCACGGGCCCCGCGGAGCAGGCGCCCUGGCGGUACUCGCAGACCCACCGGGCCAUCCUGGGCCCCUUUGGGGAGCUGCUAACUGAGGAUGACCUGGUCUACCUGGAGAAGCAAAUUGCUGAUCUGCAGCUGCGGCGCCGCUGCCAGGAGUAUGAGAGCGAGCUGGGCCGGCUGGCGGCCGAGUUGCAGGCCCUGCUGCCCACGCCCCUGGUCAGCAUCACUGUCAACAGCCACUUCCUGCCCCGGGCAGAGGGGCUGGAGGGCGAGGAGGGCCCCACCCUGGUAGCUGAGCCCGAGGGCUCCUCGGAGGCCCAGCCCAGAGGGCAGCCCCUGCCCUUCUGGUGCAGCCACAUCUCCCGGCUGGUGCGCAGCAUGUCCCUGCUGCUGAAGGGCAUGAACGGGCUGGUGCAGGGCGAGGAGAAGCCAGCUGCCCUGCCCCAGCAGGAGGCCCGCAGGGACACCCCAGCCAGCCCCCCGCGGAGCACGGUUCAGCGCGAGAUCCAGGAGUGCGGGGUGUCCGUGCGGAUGCUGCGAGGCAACUUCGAGUCGGCCCCUGGCCUACCCUGUGCCCCAAACCCAGGCCCCAGUGAGUCGGGGGCCCAGCCCGGGCAGUGCCUGAGAGGCUGCUGGCCGGCACCCCCGCAGCCCCACGGGGCCCUGAUGGGAGAGGAGCCUGGGCCAGGGGACGCAGAGGAGGCCAGCGACUUGGGCAUCAGCUGUGAGGAGGCCUCAUCAGAGGCGGGCGCCGUGCCUGGUCCCGACCUGGCCAACUUGCGCAAGGAGCGCAUCGUCAUGCUCUUCCUCAGCCACUGGAAGAAGUCGGCCUACACGCCAGCCCUCAAGACGGCCGCCUGCAGGACCCUGGAGGCCCGCCGUGCUAGGCCGCGGGGGCAGGAGGUGGCCAAGGGCCCUCGGCCACCCUCCUUGCCGCCCAGCGAGGGCCCCCGGCUCGGCCACCUGUGGCAGCAGCAGAGCAUCAUCGCCCACCUGCUGGGCAACUGGAAGGCCAUCAUGGCGCACGUGCCGGCCCGGCAGCUGCGGCGGCUGAGCCGGCGGCCCCGCGGGCCCCUGUCCCCUGAGCAGUUCCUGCCCCACGUGGACGGGGCGCCCGUGCCCUACGGCAGCCUCACGCUGGACCUCUUCCUGCUGGGCUACUUCCAGCUCCUGGAGUGCGACCUGCCGGCCGAGGAGCGCAAGAUGCGCCACCUGCUCUGCUUCGAGGUCUUCGAGCACCUGGGUGCCCACGGCUGGGAGGCCGUGCGUGCCUUCCACAAGGCCGUGACGGAUGAGGUGGCUGCCGGCCGCCGCACCUGGACUGAUGGCUUCGAGGACAUCAAAGCUCGCUUCUUCGGCUCCAGCCGUGGUCCCGCCUGGGACGUGGAGCCGGGUCGCAAGACAGGCCUGACCCCGCUCGGGCCCCUGCCCCACGCUGCCAUCCCCAGCAGCGGCCUGGAGCCUGCAGCCCAGCGGCUGGGGCCUGGCUUCCAGCGGGGCAGCUUCAACAAUGAGGACAUCUGUGGCUACAUCGGCCGGAGCUUUGCCUUCUGGAAGGAAAAAGAGGCUGAAAUGUUCAGCUUCGGACAGUGAGAAGGGCUGGCAGCCAGCCUUCCUCUAGAAUGGGGUUUUGGGGGUGGUUUUGGUUCUCUCUCCUCUUUUCCUUUUUCACCCACCUGGUGACCAGGUGACGCCGAGGCCAGGCUAGCAGAUACUCAGCGUGCUAGUUGCUGCGCUCCAGUUCUGCCCCCUGACAGGUGCGGCCUCCUCAGUGCUGGGACUCAGCUGCAGAAUCCUUCUCACCACUGAACCCAAGGAGCCCUGUCAGUCUCCUGGUCAGCCCUGAAGUUAGAUGACUUGCCGUCCCAGCCCCGGGUCCCUCUGCCUGGCUGUCCCCCGGGCAGCUGGGAUGCCAGCCCACUUCCCCGGAGCCUCUUUCCAGUGUCCCAAAUCACCUGGGCGUCCCGUCCCUUUGUUCCCCCAGUGCUGGUAGUCUGGGCCGCAGCUGGAGCCUCCGUCUGCCCUCCCCUGGUCCUGCCUCGGUACCUUCUGGUGACCUUGGGCCAUGCCCCUUCACCUCCCCAAGCCUCUUUCCCCAGUCUGUGAAGUGGGAGAGGAGCUGGAGGUUGGAGAGAAUGGGAUUUGAUGGGCAAGAGGCCUCCUGUCAGACCCGACUGCCCUCUGGAAUGUUCCAGGUCAGGGAGAUGGGCCACGGUGACAUGUGUGCCAGUCACACACAGCCACCUGCUGACAGACAUGUUCCACUGCCUCGCCAUGCCAGUGCCCCACCCCAGUGUGCUCCAGAAAGGAGGGCUCCCUGUGGGGCUCCUGUCCUCCAGCUGACCACUGCCCCUCGGCCCCGGCCACGCGACCUGAGGCAGCACAGGGCCCCACCUGCAGGCUCCUGAGAGCAAGAAUGGAUGGAGUAUCUGUGAGAGAGGCGGUGGCUGAAGGGGGCUCUGAGCAGAGGGGGCCGGCACCCCACCCUCCAGGUGAACCCGGCUCCAGAGGAAAACGCAUGGCAGGGGUGGGGGCACAUCAGCUGGGCCCUGAUGAGGUGCGGCCACUUCCUGUGGUCACCCGGAUGUCACCCACGCCUCCUCCACGAGGGACUGAGGAAAGGAAGUGGAUGCUCCCUCUGAGGGCCACCAGGUGCUGCAGAGUAUCUCGUGAACAGGGCACUGGGGACUGAGCCCUGAAUGACUGGCCCUGGGAUGUGGCUUGUCCCCAACCCCCAUGGCAGCCAGGAGGAUGGGCCUCCACCCAGUGUGGGGCCCGAGGAGGCUGGCCCAAGCCCACAGGGCUUUGGGGAAGGGCUGUCCUGCAGCUGUAUGAUGGCCCCAACAGGCAGUGUGUGGGGAGGACUCUUUUCAGGAAUCUUCCACUGGCCACUGCCUCCCUGCAGCCUGGCUCUCUUGGGACAGGGGUCUCUGCAGUGUUCCCACCCACCUGCAGAGCUUGAAGGGCAGUAGGCGAGUUGUUGGAUGGAACAGAGUGCCCUCCCAGCCAGCUGUUUCAGCAUCCCACAGGGAGGGACA